AAACACACACGCACGCGCCGUCACACACAUUUAUUUCCCUUGUUUGCUCGUGAAGACGCUUCCCAUAUGCCAGCUAUGCAAACACCUCCAAACCAGUGAGAGAAGGAGAUUUUCAUCAGGACGGUCAGCUGCAUGAUGGACUGACCCCUGUUCUGUUGGCCUUGUAUAUCUCCUUUCCACUGUGGUGCGAGUGGGACUGAGUGCGUGAGUGACGUGUGCUCCAUGGUGACCCAUGGGCCGCUCUCCCAUCAGCCUGUCCACACUGAAGCUGGGGAGGUUAAAGGUUAUCCGCAGGCAGCUGCUUCAGCGCUACGAGCACCAGCCCUUCGUCUCUUGCCUGGCUGGACUCUAUGGCUGCCAAUGGAGGCGCUAUCAAAGGGCCAGAGCCCAACCUGGGGAGUGCUGCUGUAGCAGGUUGGAGUGCGCUAGUUUUAUCCUCCUCAUCAUCACGUUUUUCCUGACACUGGUGUUCCUGUAUUUCUGGAGUGAGGCUCAGAAUGACUACGAUGACUUUGAUUGGUUUAACUUUGGGAAUAUGGGCUUCUGGUUUCCCUGGUCAGUGGUGCUGCUGGUGGUGGCUGCAGCACUUUUCACCUACAUCGCCCUCCUGCUGGUCUUAGCAGUGUGUCUUCUCUCUGAGGGACAGAGGCUUUAUCUGCACUGGAGCCACAAAAUUGGUAUCCUGGUGACCCUGGCAUUCUCGGUCAGUGCCACAGCUGUGCUCUCGGAUCUGUGGAGCAAAGAGUGGCAGACCCUCCUCCUGUCCUUUCAGGUCACAGCACCUUUUCUGCAUGUGGGUGGAGUCUCACUCAUGGCUCUUCUGUCCUGGCCAAUAGCCUUGCACUUCUUUCGAAUGAAUAAGAAAGUGAGACAGGUGGCCAUCAUGGGCUCGUACUUGGCUGUUCUCUUUGCCUUGUACCUGGUUCCUCUGGGCAUGUAUUCCCCCUGCAUUAAAGAGGAGGGCACGCUGGGCCCAGCACCAAUUCUCAUCGGGCACAGAGGUGCUCCCAUGCUCGCACCAGAAAAUACACAGCUGUCCUUCCAGAAAGCUGUGGAGGCUGGAGGAGAGGGACUAGAGACUGAUGUCACUAUUAGCUUCGACGGUGUCCCCUUCCUCAUGCAUGACAGCACACUGAGGAGAACCACUGAUGUACGCAAAGUCUUUCCAAACCGGACAAACACUCCAGCAGCCAUGUUCACCUGGGCCGAGCUGGAGAUGCUCAAUGCUGGAGACUGGUUCCUGCAGAGGGAUCCCUUUGGAACAGCCUCAUUUUUGGACCCAGAUGAUCGAGCCCAGGUGGAGAACCAGACUGUGCCCACACUAAAAGAGUUUUUAGACUUAGCUGCACAUCACAGGAGUUUGGUGAUCUUUGACCUCCGUCGACCACCUCCAGGUCACCCGUACCGGAACUCGUGGAUCACUCGAACUUUGGAGGUCAUCCAUAAUGAAUCCUUCAUCAACUCUAGCCAGGUGCUGUGGCUUCCAGCAGAUCAGAGGGACCUGGUGCAGGAGCUUGAUCCGGAGCUGCAGCAGACUUCCGGGAGCCGAGCAUCCAUCGAGGAGCUGCAGGAGAGCAACAUUGUCCGUCUCAACCUACACUACAGCUCUAUGUCCCAGGAGCAGAUCAGUAAAUAUGCCUCUGUGAACAUCAGCACUAACCUGUAUGUGAUCAGUCAGCCUUGGUUGUUCUCUCUGGCCUGGUGUGCCGGCGCUCAUUCAGUCACCACCAACGCACCGCACCUCCUCAAGAUCCUCCACAAGCCCAUCUUCCUCAUGACCCCACACGAGUACAGUCUGAUGUGGAUUCUAACAGACGUCGUGUCCGCCAUCCUCAUCACAGCUGUUUUCAUAUUCCACUGGUGGCGAGAACGAGGCUUACCAUUCUGGUCAGACAGCAAACAAGUGCAUGAGAAGGGACUGUAUAGCAAAUUUAGGACAGAUUCCCCCGAAGUUCACUGUAUUCGCUGGAACCCUCUCUACUCUGAAGAUUCGGCAUGGAGCGUGUUCUCAGUGGCUCAGGAACUUGCCCCUCCCUUGCAUGCUGCUUUGUAAUAGUGUGAGCGUUCCCCUCUCCUGUCCUCUGAAUAAUCCCACUUUGGUUUUUCUCUCCACCCUCCUUCACGCGUCCUGCGCAGAAAUGAGUGACGUCUGGUCCAUCUCCAGCCUCAGUGUGCGAGUGGAGGGACGGAGCGGGCCGACCACACCGAACCUGCCCACCAUCACAGAAGAGCCGCAGGUCUGAGAGAAACAAGCCACGAAAGAAAAAACUGUAUCUGCAUUUUGACUCCAUAAAGCCACCCGUCCAUCCUUCCAUCCAUCACUGAAGCCUGUGAGCUUUAUUGCAGGAACCUUUUCUUUUGAGAUUUUGACUGAGAUUUAAACCAAUACUUCAUAGAGAACCAGCCGCGUACGAAGCAACCAGCAUCUACUCACUAAAAAAAUGACCAAAAAACGCCAGCAAGCAUGAAAUAUUUAUCAUAUACUUUUUUUAUGAUCAGUCUGUGCCAUUAUGAACUCCUCUGGAAACUCCUCAUAUUUGAGGAGAAAUACUCUCAGUCUUCAUCCAGUCAUCAGCAAAUGGAUAAAUAAUAAGAAAAACUUCAUGCACUUUGUGUGAUAUAUAGAUAAACAUAAAAGCAUAUAGAUAUUAAAAGUUUUUGCUACAUUAGAAUUCUAAUGCUAAAGUAUUAUAGCUUUACGAUGAAUGUAUCUUUAAUUAUCAACAAGCUGAAUAUGAGCAUGACCGCAAAAACACACCACUGAGCUUCUGUUGCUUCUACAGCAAUGACCCAGUGGUCGUGAAUUCAAUUACAAACUCUGUACAAAAUCUGUAUUUAAUCAACUUUCAGUAGUCCGUACCUAGUGGCUGUCAGUCAGGCAACACUGGAAUGCCAGAUUAAACCUUCCAGAGUUUUCUAAAGCCUUCAGAGACAAUCUACACUAACAGUUACAGACCCACCCAGGAUGGAUUCACAAGGAUAUUUUAGUAAAACACACUAACACAAGCCUCUGUAAUGUAAAGAAUGUUUUAGGUGUUUUUCUUUCUUUCUUUCUUACUUUCUUACUUUCUUUCUUUCAAACUUAUUCAAACAUAGAAGCUUAAAAAUUAUAAUGCAAACUUUUGCAAGACAUGCAACAGAAAUGCAUAAAAGCAUGCUUAAACCCUUUUUACCAUUAUCCCAGUGUUCCAUAUCUACUUAUCAGAUAUUUUUAACCAGUAUAAACAAAUGAUUUAUUUUGAUUCAUGAGUCAGGACUCAGGCUUUCAGUGUAAGACCUGUGUUUUUUAAUCUGUUGAUAACCUUGCACAGAAUUUUAGAGUUUGAAGAUCAUCCAAAGCCAUCUUGCAUGAUUUCUUUAAAAAUGUAGUUAAAGUGUAUGAUUUUUUUCCCACAGAACUGCUGCAGUCAGAUUUUUUUUUCCAUCAACAGUUUCGUUAAUAUAUAAUUUGGUGGUUGUUAUAUAACAUAAUGAUCCCAAAAAUCCUUGUGGAUUCAGCCUAAUACAAGACAAUCUGUGUUUACAGAAGCACUUAGAGAAAAAUGAAUACACUUUGUCUUGCAAACUGUGUAAUUAUGGGAUGCUUGUGAUCUGGAGGUCCAAAGCAAAAAACUACUGCAAGUCAUUGUGUAAUGAAAGUAAAGUAUCUGUAGUGUAGAAGUUAUUGUAGCCGUAGGGUAACAGUGUAACGAAACAGUUUACACUAAGCAGUUACACAACACACUGCUAUAUAAAUAAGUAAGAAACCAAAUUAUUCUGUCGUGCUACAUUCAAAACCUUCCUAGUAGACUAUAAUAAAUAAUGCUGCCUUUUCACCUAUACAUGGCUUUCGGUCUAAUUCAUGUCUAAUAUGUCUAAAUGCAUUUGUUUUGCUGUAAAUUGAACAUUAGAUGAGAUUAUGGUGUACUGAUUUAGAAAGGGCUUUUCUGUAGCCGGAGGUUAUGCAAAGCCACACGGUUGCUGCGUUCAUGUUCAAGAAGUGUGUUUCAUGGACGUUUCACAACAUUAAAUAUAUCUACACAUGGAUAAAAA